GACUGGCACAAAGCAGCAUUAGAGCAACUGAGCCUGAAAAUUUCCUCUUAUUCUACACCCCGCGUCCGCGCCCGCUGCUUAAACUGCUUCUUCCCUUUCGUCCGCAUCGUCGGCAGCAGCAGCAGCAGCAGCAGCCUCGCAUGAUAAUUCACUGCUCUGGCCCAGGACUGGCAACGAAAUGGCUUUCCUAUGUGCAACGGGUCUGACCUUCUUCCUCACCUACUCCAUAUUCUCGGCGGUGCUUGGUAUGCUGCAAUUUGGCUACAAUACUGGAGUCAUCAAUGCGCCCGAAAAGAAUAUUGAGAAUUUUAUGAAAGAUGUGUACAAGGAUCGCUAUGGCGAGGACAUUAGCGAGGAGUUUAUACAACAGCUGUACUCAGUUGCCGUCUCCAUAUUUGCCAUUGGCGGCAUGCUGGGUGGUUUCAGUGGUGGCUGGAUGGCCAAUCGCUUUGGCAGAAAAGGCGGUCUAUUGUUAAACAAUGUGCUUGGUAUAUCGGGCGCCUGCUUGAUGGGUUUUACCAAAGUUAGUCAUUCCUAUGAAAUGUUAUUCCUUGGCCGAUUUAUAAUUGGUGUUAAUUGCGGUCUCAAUACAUCAUUGGUGCCAAUGUAUAUCUCUGAAAUAGCACCACUGAAUCUACGCGGUGGUUUAGGUACUGUUAAUCAAUUGGCUGUGACUGUAGGUUUACUAUUAUCCCAGGUGCUGGGCAUUGAACAAAUCUUAGGCACUAAUGAGGGCUGGCCCAUACUACUGGGCCUGGCCAUAUGUCCAGCAAUAUUGCAAUUAAUAUUACUGCCUGUUUGUCCCGAAUCGCCUAGAUAUUUGCUCAUAACCAAACAAUGGGAGGAGGAGGCGCGUAAAGCAUUGCGACGUCUGCGCGCCUCCGGCUCCGUAGAUGAAGACAUUGAGGAAAUGCGCGCUGAGGAACGCGCCCAACAGUCCGAGAGCCAUAUAUCGACCAUGGAGCUCAUUUGCUCGCCUACGUUGCGUCCACCAUUGAUCAUUGGUAUCGUGAUGCAGCUGAGUCAACAGUUUAGCGGCAUCAAUGCCGUCUUCUACUACUCCACAUCGCUCUUCAUGAGCUCUGGUCUGACCGAGGAAAGCGCCAAGUUUGCCACGAUAGGCAUUGGCGCCAUUAUGGUUGUUAUGUCUUUGGUGUCCAUACCGCUAAUGGACCGUACCGGCCGUCGUACAUUGCAUUUGUAUGGCCUGGGUGGCAUGUUCAUCUUCUCCAUAUUUAUAACGAUUUCCUUUUUGAUUAAGGAAAUGAUCGACUGGAUGUCAUAUCUAUCUGUGGUCGCAACGCUUGGCUUUGUCGUAUUCUUUGCCGUGGGACCCGGCUCCAUACCAUGGAUGAUAACAGCGGAAUUGUUCUCCCAAGGCCCACGGCCCAGUGCCAUGGCCAUUGCAGUGCUGGUCAAUUGGAUGGCCAAUUUUGUGGUCGGGAUUGGUUUCCCCAGCAUGAAGACCGCACUCGAGAACUAUACGUUUUUGCCAUUUAGCGUGUUCUUAGCGAUAUUCUGGAUAUUCACCUACAAAAAGGUUCCUGAGACCAAAAACAAAACCUUUGAGGAAAUCUUGGCACUCUUCCGUCACAAUAACGGCAGUGGGGACAGUGUCAACGACAAUGGCAACAGUAGCUCCACAGCGGACAUUGAGAUAUCGCAACGUGACUCCAAUGCGACGCGAACCAAAGUGCAGUAAUGUAGGGCAGCUGCCGGUCGAGUAGUUUGCCUCCCUGUUGCAGUGUCGUUGCAAAUUUAAUUGCCAUUUCAAUGUGUGCACAAGGAAACAGUCGCAAUCUCAACAAUCGGAAAUCACUUUUUUUUGCCAAUUUCAACAUCGAGUUUCGAUGUGAAAUUGAACGAAAAAGUUUGUUUUCGACAGCACUUGCGAUUUACUAUUGUUUAUUUUUAAUUUAUUUUAUGUAUUUAUCAUUAAGUUACUUUUCAUAUUGUUUUUCUUAUAUUCAUUGUUGAACUUAAUAAAUUUUGUUCGAUUAUAUUUA